ACACACAGACACACACACACACACACACACACACACACACACACACACACACACACACACACACACACACACAUGUUGGGGGGCACGGCGUGUGACGAUCCGCUGGAGAUUCAGCGAGUGCUGAGCCGGUUCACGCGCACAGAGCUGCCGCAGGCACUGAGCGCCAUCAGCGUGGAUGUGGAUGUGCAGGCAUACAGAACCAAGACGCAGGCUGUCCAACAAGCCUGCACUUACAUCCUUCAGACGUAUGGAGGGUUAUCACACGGGCACCUGGCAACGCUGGACUUGUUGGCCUUGGAAAUCAAACAACUCGCGCGAAAAUGGACCGCAUUCCGCGCUGUGGACCCGCUCCCAGGCACGUCGGACAUGCUGUCGGCACAAGCCAUUGAAGAUAACACAUCUGCGCAGCUGGACAGCUACUUCUCACACCAUGUCACAGCGAAACAAAUCGAGGCGUCACACUUUGUCGUCAGAAUAUACCUCGGCCAGCAACAGGUUGGCCCGUCGUCCACAACAAUCAUGGCCGCAUAUGUCCCGGAGCAGCCGUUUCUCGUGUUCACCAACAUCCCGAAAUCAGCCACCGCCAUCUUCACAGCAUGCAUGGCCCACGCAUUUGGCUUCAAGAAGUUACAACCAAUUGAGCUGACCGGCACCAAACCGGCAGCUCUUCUCAACCUCCUCGUCCACAAACACAGUCAGGGCCACUUGUCCAUGUACCGUGCAGGGCUGUACGACCAUUCCCCACUGAAUCGCCGUCCGCAGAAGAAACCAAAGGUUGACACGCGCGAUCUGGACGGCGGCGGGAUUGUGCACGCGGACCGCGAUGCACUCGAGGACAUUCGCGCGAAGGAGUUUGAAGACUUUGGUCUCCUCGACCCGCCCACCCUCCAACGCGCAGAGCUGCAGCUUGAGACGACGUUCAAGGGCGGCGUUGCGCUGCCAGCGCCCUUCCGCUGCACCGUGAAAUUGCAGGGGAAAUCCGUGCUUGCAGGCAUCAAACAGUUGGCCAGGAAUAAGCUCACUACGUCUGCGAAGCUGCCGCAGCAUUUGCGUGAACUCGCGUCUGCAGGCGCAAACAAGAUCAUCAUCACAGACUCAUGAGCACUCACGUGCACAGUGCACACACACACACACACGCACGCACACGUACACACACACACGCACCGUCAUCGAAAGUCACUUCUCGCACAUGGCAUCAAAUUGUAUCGCUGUCAUGCCUGCAUUGUUCCGUCCUCUUCAUCACCUCUUUGCAUAUGUUUUGUCGCGGCCUUUCUUUCGUUUGAUUUUCUUAUUGUUUUCCACGUGUUAUCCGCAUUGCUCGUUCUCACCCUUCCCACCUCUCUCGUUGCUCGCUCGAUUGCUUCGGUUCGCAGCCUGUAUGCCCGUCUGCUUGGCUGGCUUGUUUUUCGCGGCCCUCACUCUGAUGCAUUGCACAGGCGUGCGUACGCUCAACACAUCGAUGGCCGUCUUUUUGAGAAAGCGAAAGCAGCAGUCGGCAUUGUAACCGCACAAACAUUAAGAGCCACUCGCACCACGAACCAGGAAUCGUAACGCUUUCAAAGGAGGGAAU